GGCUUGCGAAAAGGUAAUAAGUACCCUGGUUGUUGGCUUGUGAUUGAAACCUUUUUUUUUCUUUUCAUUCCUUGAAUUGUUUUUUUCUUUCUCUCCUCUCCUCUCCUGUAUCCUUCUCUUUCUUAUUCAUUUCAUCUUGUGGUGUAUAGAUAUACAUUUCACGUAUCCCUCCUACUGUUGUAUAUUAUUCGAAUUGAAUUCAAUUCUUGAUUCUUCAUUGUCACAAUGGGUUUCUUUGAAGAAGAAGACAAGCAGUUCUUGGAUGAUGUCAAGGCUGUCAACGCCUGGUGGCAAGAUUCGAGAUGGAGAUACACCAAGCGCCCUUAUACCGCUGAGCAGAUCGUGGCCAAGCGUGGAAACUUGACGAUUGACUACCCUUCCAAUGUACAGAGCAAGAAGCUCUGGGGUAUUGUGGAGAACAACUUCAAGAACAAAGUUCCUAGCUUCACCUAUGGCUGCCUCGAACCCACAAUGAUCACCCAGAUGGCCAAAUACCUUGACACCGUCUAUGUCUCUGGCUGGCAGAGUUCUUCUACGGCCUCCUCGACCGAUGAGCCUUCCCCUGAUCUUGCGGAUUACCCUAUGAACACCGUGCCCAACAAGGUCAACCAGCUUUUCAUGGCCCAGCUGUUCCACGACCGGAAACAGCGUGAGGAGCGCGUCACAACCCCCAAGGCGCAGCGUGGAAAUGUCGCCAACGUUGACUACCUGCGACCUAUCGUUGCCGACGCAGACACCGGUCACGGUGGUCUGACAGCUGUCAUGAAACUGACCAAGCUGUUCAUCGAGCGUGGUGCAGCUGGUAUUCACAUUGAGGACCAGGCCCCUGGUACUAAGAAGUGUGGCCACAUGGCCGGAAAGGUUCUGGUCCCUAUCAGCGAGCACAUCAACCGACUGGUUGCCAUCCGUGCUCAGGCUGACAUCAUGGGCACUGAUCUCCUGGCCAUUGCCCGAACCGACUCUGAAGCCGCUACCCUCAUCACCUCUACCAUUGACCACCGCGACCAUGCCUUCAUUGUUGGCUCCACUAACCCUGGCAUUCAGCCCCUUAAUGACCUGAUGGUCGCCGCUGAGCGUUCUGGCAAGAACGGAGCUGAGCUCCAAGCCAUUGAAGACCAGUGGACCGCUCAAGCUGGCUUGAAGCUCUUUAGCGAUGCUGUCAUUGACGCCAUCAACAAGGGCGUGCACGUCAACAAGAAGGCCCUCAUCGAUGACUACCUGAAGGCCUCCAAGGGCAAGAGCAACAGCGAAUCCCGAGCCAUUGCCAAGGGCAUCACCGGCAUUGACAUCUACUGGGACUGGGACGCUGCCCGUACCCGCGAGGGCUACUACCGUUACCAGGGUGGUACCCAGUGUGCCGUUAACCGUGCCGUUGCCUAUGCGCCAUUUGCUGAUUUGAUUUGGAUGGAGAGCAAGCUUCCUGACUACAACCAAGCCAAGGAGUUUGCCGACGGUGUCCACGCCGUGUGGCCUGAGCAAAAGUUGGCUUAUAACUUGUCGCCAUCUUUCAACUGGAAGAAGGCCAUGCCUCGCGAUGAGCAGGAGACCUACAUCAAGCGACUGGGUGCCCUGGGCUACUGCUGGCAGUUCAUCACCCUGGCCGGUCUGCACACAACGGCGCUCAUCUCAGACAAGUUUGCCAAGGCGUAUGCAAAGCAGGGCAUGCGGGCGUACGGCGAAUUGGUUCAAGAGCCGGAAAUGGCGGAAGGCGUCGACGUGGUGACACACCAGAAAUGGAGUGGUGCCAACUACGUGGAUAACCUCCUGAAGAUGGUCUCAGGAGGUGUUAGCAGUACCGCAGCCAUGGGCAAGGGUGUGACGGAAGACCAGUUCAAGCCGUAGGCUUGAGUUGGAUAGUAGUGAAGUCGAAAUGAGGGUCUUUGGAGUUUUUGAUUUGUUUCCUUUUAUGAUGUUUUGGAUAGCUUCAUUCCCUUUUCCUUGAUGGAAAAGAAAACACCUGGCAUUAGUGAUAUCAACAGCAAUGUAUAUUGUAUAUUUCGAAUUUUAUUUUUCUGAGUUAUGAGCAAUUUUAAGUACUCCAUAAUGGAUG